UGAAGGUGCAUGGUUUUGAAAAAACGAACAUCAGAUGCCUUUCGCCUUACCGAUUUCAGAAAGUUAACUGUAAGCACGCUCAAAGUGGAAGAUUCAUUAUCAAUGUUUGGCAUAUGGAUAAUUGGAUAAGGUUCUGCCGCAGGAGUGGAUGGAAGAUGUCGUGUGUCCCAUCUACAAAAAGGACGAUAAGCAGGAUUGUUGCAAAUACCGCGCAAUCACAUUUUCGAAUGCCGCCCACAAGGUACAUUCCCGAAUUUUAUGUCGUCGAUUAGCACCAAUUGCAGGAGAACCAGGCUAUACGCCAGGUAUUGCAGAAACGCCGCGAAUACAACGUGCAAACACAUUAUCGAACCCAUUUGAAAUGCGCAGAGGGUUGCCGCAAGGUGAUGGUGACAAUAUGUCCUAAACGGAUCGUAUAUGAUGGCGAUGUUUGAGGUUAUGGCCUACGAAGUUAUUUGUCAUGGCCGAAAUGCGCAACGCAUGUAUACUGUAGUGAUUCAGGGCAGGGUAACGAUACAAAUAAUCAUUUAGCAAAACAAGACUUACCACUUAUGUAUUCUGAAUUAUACAUAGUUUCUUCCGAAUAAAAUUCAACUUGUUUGGCUGACGUGUCGCAAAUUGUUUGCAUCUGUUUGCAUUAGUAUUGGUUUGGCAUCAUUAAAACGAAAGAUGACAGUUCGAUCAAAAUUUCAGACCCGUCAGCAAUAACAUAGAAAAUCAUAUGAGAUGUCAUUCUUUUCUCUUUCAUCAUUUCUCACUGUGAUCUAAAUCCUAAUGAUGAAUUGAUGACUGCGAGAAAAGUGAAUGCAAAUUUUAAAUGAAUGAGAAAAUGAACUUUCACCGGAAAUUAAAAGUUGCAAAGCAUCCAAGGAACCGGGAUAAAUCAUUCUGUGAACGACAUUUGAAAAGAAUGGUCCGUUUUUAGUUUUGCUCGGCUUCAAGAUAUUUGCCUGGCCACAUUUUCCAACCCGGUUUUAUGAAUUUGGCUGAUCAUCGAUUCAAGGAUACGACAUGGCGCACUCGGCAGGAAUGUAUGUCAGAGCACCCAAUCGUGCGAAGGAAACCAACUCCUCGAAAGAGUUAUCCAGAGAAUUGGCAGGAGAAAAAGCCAUGAAUACGGUUCUAGCUAGCGAGCUGGAACAGUCGCGUAGAGAAAUUGAGGAGCUCAAAGGAAUAAUUUACGCCAGAGAUAAUCGACACCCUUCGGAGAGUCCCAGUCUAGACUUUGAGAUCCGAAACGGAUUCAGUAGCACGGGUCGCACGGAAGCCAAUAGCAAUUUUGUUCGCAGCGUCGAUGACUCGAAGUUCUUAUCCUCGAUGACCCAUUUAUCGUUGGCUUCAAUUAACGUCCCUGAGUGUAAGGCAACGGACGGUGAGGACUUGCAUCGUCAAAUUUUUGAACAGUGGAUAGAUUUACUUAUCGACACUAUGAAGCUGGCAGGAAUCGACGAUGAAGCAACUAGGUUCACGGUAUUUAAAGUAAAAGCAGGGUCCCGUUUGCUGAGCAUUUUUCGCAAUACAAAGUCUUCUGAAGAUGCGCCUGAUGUGAACUCGCUUCCCUUUUCCAAUGCUGUACAUCGUUUAAGGACAUACUUUGGUUCAGGAUCUGACAUCAUGCUGAUGAGGCGCAGGCUAGCACUCAUGAUACAAAAGCCUGAUGAGUCAGACCUAACUUUUAUAUCAAGAGUGGGUACAAUAGCUCGUUUGUGCGAAUUCGAAGAGGAAAAAGAAUUCGAGGAAAUUGUGGCAACUGUCGCAGAGCAUGCCAGGAGUCGGGAGGUGCGCACUACUGCACUCAAAAUGCUAAGUCGCAAAGGCAGUUUCACGGAUCUGGUGGACAAAGUCCGUGAAAUAGAAGCUAUAAGACUCAAUGAAGAAUAUGUAAAGCAGAAGAUAGGCAAUCAGUCACAUGCAUUGAUUGCACCGAUUACCACUGGUACCAAUCAUGCCGAUAAUCGUCAGCAGCAAUUUCGAGGAAAACCAUACUAUCGAGGCUUUCCACUCCGGCGAGGUAAUUGGCGUGCGCCUCGAGGUAGGCAGCCAUAUUUUACGGGCGGGUCUCGGAGCAAGGAAAGCGAGAAACGUUGGCCUUAUGGUUUCGAAGGAUCCCAAGCUCAGGAAGGCGAAAGAUGUUGGCGGUGUUAUAGCGUGUUUCAUUCGGAAACCAACUGCAAGGUUAAGGACAAGUAUUGCAACAGAUGCGGAGUCAUGGGACACAUUCAGCGCGCGUGUCCGAAAGCAAAUUACAGUUCUUUGAAACGUUCAGGACAAGAACAAACAGACGCGCCACCGUACAAAAUCGCUGCUGUUGAGGAGACGAAUGCGACAAAGUCAGAAGAAGGACCGGCCACGGAUUCUGAAGCAAAACUAUCGACUAUUGAUACGCAAAUACUGUCUCAAGAAAACCCAGCUCAAGUUUCAAGAAACCCCAAUUCUGUAUUUUCAAAAAGUGUUGCUUCUUCUUCAAAAUCUUUCGAGGUGUCUCCAAUCACAAUAGAUGAUAUGUUGGAGGAGGGAGCCCUUAAUAUUGUGAGUAGAACAAAUCUAUUCUAUAAUUUAAACAUUUAUUUGGUAUUAUGAUUUAUCAGAUACAACAGCCGACUACAUGCAGAGAAUUUCCAAGUUUUGACAAACAAGUACAGGAUGAGGGUGUAAUCUUGGCACACGUCGCGGGAUUGCGCUGCCCAUUCGUGAUAGAUUCUGGAGCACAGGUUAAUACAUUUACCGCCGAGCUGUUUCGGAAGUUAAUAUCAGAUCCCACGUAUAGCAACGGGGUGUACAAUGUAGAGAGUCAGUCGGAUAGAUCGCUCAAGGCAUAUGCUUCUUCGGGAAACAUCAAAGUGAUUGCCACGUUUCAUGCUCAUUUGUUCAUAUCCGAGGAUAGACCAACACUGAUCGAGAAAUUUUAUGUCGUCCAGGAAUAUCGUGCUCUUUUGAGUCGAGCAACGGCCGCCAGAUACAGUGUUUUAAUGUUGGGUCUGAAGGUUCCAGUGCAGGUUAGAGAAAUGCCGGAUAACCGACCAAUGGUUGUGGGAGACAUUGCAGCAAUCAUCACUAGCGAAAAAUUUCCUAAAUUUGACCUACCACCAGUGAAAAUUCACUAUGACAAGUCCAAGCCUCCAUGCAGGAAUAUUUUCUUCAAUAUUCCCUUGUCCGUUAAACCAAUAGUACAAAAUCGCAUCCAGAAUUUGAUAAAGGCAGACAUUAUAGAGCCAGUGGUGGCAGGUAUGGAUACUUCAUUUUGCUCGUCAAUGCUCGUGGUUCCAAAAGGGAAGGAGGACAUUCGGUUGGUCAUAGAUCUGAGAGGCCCAAAUCGUUACAUCCACCGAACCCCUUUUGCAAUGCCUACAUUGGAGAAAAUCUUAGCUGAACUAGAUGGUGCUACCUGGUUUUCCACCAUUGACCUUUCAAACGCAUUCUUUCACAUUGAAUUGGAUAAAGAAUCGAGACACCUAACCAAUUUCUGCACCGAAUUUGGAAUGUUCCGUUGUGUACGUUUGCCGUUCGGACUGUGCAACGCGCCGGACGUAUUCCAAGAAACGCUUCAAAGAAAGAUUCUGGGCGGAUGUAAAGGAUGUAGAAAUUUUCAGGAUGACAUUCUGGUGUUCGGAUCGUCCAAAGAAGAGCAUGACGAACAUUUAGCUGCUGUUUUAGCUUGUCUGGAUAAGCAUAACGUCAAGUUGAAUGCGAGUAAAUGCGUAUUCGGCAGCCAAUUGGUAAAUUUUCUGGGUUUCGAUUUGACCCCGGAGGGCUGGAUGAUAGAAAACGAGAAAGUAACAGCAAUAAGUCAAUUCAGAACCCCUAAUAGCUGCUCUGAAGUAAAAAGUUUUCUGGGGUUAAUUACAUUCGUAGACAAGUUCAUCGUGCACCGCGCUUCUAAAACCAAACACCUGCGAGCUCUAGCAAUAUCCGACAGCUUCUAUUGGACGAAUAAUGAAGAGACAGAGUUCAAACACCUCAAGGAGACAGCAAUAUCUACAAUAA